AUGGCUCUUCUUCUGUUGAGCCUGCUGUCAUACUCGGCCCUGGGCCAACUGCAUGAUCCGCUGGUUGUCGGCAAGACCUUCAUGGCGGGAUCCACGGACCCGACAGCCGGAAGCACGGCGUGGGCGCUGACGAGCCAUGGCAUUUCAGAGAAGCUCUUCACCGUGGACGAGACGGGCAACAUUGUGCCCCAGGUGGGUCAGUCUGUUUCCAAAGUGGACACCUUCACCUGGGAUGUCACUCUCACCCCCGGCUACAAGUUCUCAGACGGCACCGAUGUCACGGCGCAGCAUGUCGCAGAUGCGUUGACGGAGCUGAACCAGCAGAACUCCGGAGCCCAGGCCUCGUUGGGCACCAUGACGGUGACGGCGCCGGAUACCUCCACCGUGAGGAUCGUCUCUGAGCGCGCCACGCCCGUCAUGGACGCCGUGCUGGCGGAGUGGCCUUUCGUGGUGUAUCUGAACAAGGGGGGCCAGAGGUACUUCACGGGACCCUACAAAGUUGAGACUUUCGUCAGUGGUGACCACAUCGACCUGGUGCCGAACGGUCAUUAUGCCCGGGCCUUGGAGAGGCCGCUGCUGAAGAUCCAGCGAUUCUCCACGGGCUCGGCCGUGGCCGAGGCCUUGGCGCAAGGACAGGUCGACAUGGCGUUCCACCUCCCCGUAGACGAGCUGCCCGCCUUGCGACAGGUGACUGGGGUCACGGUCAAGUCCUUCCUGCUCGGCUACCACUGCACCCUAAACCCUAAACCCUGA